AUGCUCUCUUCUGAUACGGAAUCGUCAUCUGCUCGGAUGGGGGUGGAAAUCUUCCUAUCGGCCAUACUGAUCGGCAGUGCAAAUCUUAGGUUUGAUGAGUCCCCGUCUUAUUCCAUCAAAUACUGCGCGGAGGGUGAGGAUGAGCCCCCAGCAUACGCUAGAACUUACUACGUUCGUGUCGACCCUUCUGGGACUCUGCAACUUGGUGAACUGAGGGCAGAAGAUAUCAGCAACAUCGGCUCAAACAAUCAUUUUCUUGUUGGGUUGCCAGAUGCAAAAAAGCUGAGCUUGGCUGGUGGGCUUGGGGCAUUGUGGGGGUUCUCCAUCAGUGUCCGAGCUGCUACGGCCUCAUUCUACUCAACGUUCAGGUUAAACAUGCUGCGUGUUUCACUAAAGUCCGUGUCAAGGUCACUCAUACGAAAAGGACCACCCGAGACGGCCGUGAAAAUCCUCGCAAUCAGACCAGUUCUUGGCCUGGCUACCGUUUGUGACGGCGACAAGAUGGAUCAGGUGCCAAGAAUGCUGAGAACAAGCACAGGAUCCAGAGAAGUGAACUUUUACAAGCAGAUCCCGAUUUUCCAGUCAUCAAUAUCGGAAGCAGGCAGCGCCCGAUAUAUUUCCUUCCUCAUCCCCGCCCAAACUCAGCAAAUGAUCAGGUUUGCUGUUCGCAAAGUCUUCACAGAAUGCGAAGUCAAUACACUAAAAGGGGUCACAGAUUAUAGGCGUCGCUCCUCCUGGGAGGUCUACAGUGUUUGGGCUCAAGCUUCACACCCAGAAGUGAUUGCAGUGCCCGCAAGGGUCUUGAAAGGACCCCAAAUCAGGUACAAAAGUUUCCAUGAAAAUUGA